UCUCCGCCGUCAGCCCGUCUCUGGCCUCGUCACUUCACUCCACUGGCGGCGGCGGCGGCGGCGACAGGACUCCCGCCGCCGCUCAGCUCCGGCGUCGCCCUCCCGGAGGUCCUCGUCGUCUGGGACAUCCUGGUACGGCUUCCCCCCAAACCCCUCCUCCGCUGCCGCCUGGUGUGCCGCGCAUGGCGCCGCCUCACCUCCACCCGCGACUUCCUCCUCGCCCACCACCGCCACCAGCCCUCCCUCCCCCUCGUCACCGGCUGCAGAAACGGCGACGUCCUCGCCGUCGACCGCCGGCGCCGGCUCCUCCACCCCGUCGCCCGGUUCGACAGCUCCGUCUUCUGCGUGGAGGAGGCCUCCUGCGACGGCAUCCUUGUCCUCUGGAGGAAGAGGGCCAUCGGUGCCCAUUCCAGUGUCCGCUUCUCGAUCUGUAACCCGACCACGCGUCAGUCCGGUGACAUCCCGCUGCCGCUGCUCACCGGGUUCAUGCUCAUGGGCUUGUACUGGCACCGCCCCACCGGCGAGUAUCGGCUUCUGCUCUACAGGAUAGAGCUACCUGCUUCGGAGCGGCUCGUUGAUGUUCUGAUCCCCGGCGAUAGAAACGCCUGCUACGUCUACACAUUGGGCUCUGGCGAUUUGCCGAGGUGCAUUGGGUGGCCAGAGGCGGAGGCAAACGGCGCAUCUGUGCUGCUGCAUGGGAGCCUGCAUUGGUAUAAGAGAAUCGAAGAUAUGAUUUUGGCGUUUGACAUUACAGCCGAGUCGUUCCGGUGGAUGCGGUCUCCAUUCGGCAAGGCGGUGUGGAGAGCGUUUCAUGGCCUGUUUGAGAUUAAUUGUAUGCUCGGCAUGUACUGCUGUGACGAUGGUGCGACAUUUGUAGAUAUCUGGGUGCUGGAGGAUUAUGAGAGAGAGGUCUGGUCUCUCAAGUACCGGGUUGAAUUGCCAGUUCUAGAGAUCAGGAGAGAGCUUGAUGUGAAGCGUGAUCUUUACAGUGUGAUGGUUUCUUCCGAGGAUGGGGAUGUGCUUGUGCUGGUUAACUGCAAACGAGCCAUGCUCUACAUUGGUACUGAUGGCAAGCUGUUGGCGAGUUUGCCACAUGAUAAUGACGGCCUCAGUAUUACUCCAGUGAAGCUUAGAGCAAGCCUUGUUCCGCAUGCAUUCUUUCCAUCUCUGCUGGACUAUGUCGUGAAUGCUUCGCCUUUCGUGUGAUGCCUGCUGAAUGAGUGUAAGACCCAUCUGUUAUCUGAUGAAGUCAGUUGGGUGGAACUCUUGUCUUCAGCGCUACAUGAUGCCAUGAAAAGCUUGGCGAUUACCACAUUCUGGAGUUGGCUGACCUGAUACUAGUCUUGCUGGAUGUAGCUGCUUGGUGUUUUAUCUUUGCUGGAGUUGUACAUUGUGUCUAUUAGUGGUGGAAGUGGUAAUGAUGAUGGUCAUCAUGGAAGAGGGAUAACCAGCAGUUGAAGAAUCAACAAAUUCAGGUGUCACCUUGUCCAUGGUUUCAGAUAUGGCUUCAUGGAUUCUGUAAUCAAAUCAUCUUUGUCAAAACCUCAAAGAAGACAAGGCCGCCCUCACCGGCGAUGUCUACUGUCUGGAUGAGAGAAGGGAGUCUGCAGUGGUGGCGGAGAUGCCCCGAUGUUUCUGGUUUCUGGACUCGCCACCUUCAUCUAAAUACCUAAGGUGGACCAUAUGCUGGAUGUUGUUUGGCAGAACACCAGCAGGAUGGCGGAGCACUAAUACCCGUACUUUUGGAGUGGCAGUAUUGUCGUGGUUGAAUUGCAGAUACCCUCUGUAUGAACCAAUGAUAGUUCGAUGUGGAAACUACUUGGAAGCUGGAACAUGCCUAAAAAAUUGCAGGACCUUUGUUGCUCUGCGUAGUUUUGCCGCUUAAAUCCCAGGUAUAGCAGCCCAUGAUUUCAGCCUGUCCUUUUAGAACUCGGUAACCAUAUAACUCCAGAACAUCCUCAGCCUGAUAAGUAUAAGUAGCAUCUGUUAUUUCCAAUGUUUGUUUCCUUAUUAGCUUGUAAUAUCCCAUCUUUGUGUCUCACUUCUUGGAUUGUCAGUAGACUCUCCUUAAGGCAUCUCAGUUUGUUCUUUGCGUCUUCUCGGUGGUAUUCAUGCUCAUCUCCUGCAUAAGAGCGUAUCCUGUCAACUAGAUUUGGCUAUCCAUCCCCGUAUUUUUUAUGCUGCCAUUUUUAGCUCGAUGGAGUUCGUCAGUGCUGGUUCCAAGUUGCUGCAUAAAGAGGAAGGAUUGUUAUUUUUGAUAAUGAAAGUGGAAGGGUUGCUGAUUUAGAGAAAACUUGUAUUUUAGAGAUAGUUAAAGAAAGAGUCAUUAUGAUUUAAACUAAAAAGCUAUAUUCUCCGAGCAGCUUCAUUUGUCAGUACAGUGGAAAAAUCAUUAAUUGAUUCUUUUUAAUUUGAUUUGGUUGCCUAGUUUUCUUGGAUUUUUCACAUUUUUUAUCCUUUUAGAAAACUUAUUUUAGAAAUGAUCAUUUUCAUGGAGCCAAUUCAUUGGCGCCGUGGUCCAACAUGACGGUGCCAAUGACGUUUGCGUCAUCCCCAUAUCCCCUUGGUGGAUGCCCCUUGGUGGAAGCUAAGUCACUAAUAUAAAAGGGACGGCACCGAUAUUGUUGGCGCUGAUGACCAAUUUGUAUUUUUUUUAAAAAGGCUCUAGUUGUAAUAAAAAAAUAUUUACAAAUAGGUCUUCGGUGCUAGCGUCAUUAGCGUUGAGAAUCUAUUUGUUAAUACAAAUAGGUCCUUUUGUGCUAAAAGUAGGUUAUUUUAUCUUUUACAAAUAGGUACUCGGCUCCAACGAUAUUGGCGCUGUCCUCCUUCACAUUAAUGAUGCGAGGGGGACGGCGUAAACAUCAUUGGCGCCGUUAUGUUGUACCACGGUGCUAAGGUGCUAAGGACUUAGGCUGUGAUCGUUUGGGUGGGUUGGGAACAAAUGUUUUGUGCACGAAAAACGGAGUAGUCCAUCAGCGCAUGAUUAAUUAAGUAUUUAUCAAAUUAUUUUUGAAAAAGGAUCAAUAUGAUUUUUUAAAGCAACUUCCGUAUAGAAAAUUUUUGCAAAAAAAC